UGUGAUUUAACUUGACUCGUAAAUGUGCGACUGAUCUUUUCCUACUCUGCAUGAUCCUCUCGUGCUCUGUUAUCGGACACGGAGACUUUGAUUUCCAAAGCGUGAUGCGACUCAGGCUUUGCUGCCGACCUUCCUCCAGCUUCUUUGCUCUUCAGCUUCUGCUUCAAUACCUGAAGUCGCUGUUUGCAAAGUGACACAACACAACACUUUGAUUUUGUUGCUCUUCUCAUGCCAUUUGCUUUCCAUCGGAGCGACAUUAGAAAACCUGAUCAACCACGUUGCGGUUGAUCACCUCUCUGCCCUCGUGUAUUGCCAGCUACAUUGCAAAUGCAGAUAUCACUGUGUGAACUGUCAAGCAUCGUAGAUUUGAGUGUAUUCUUUGUAUUUGUAUGUGGAUCCUGCUGGAAUACUGUGUCUCUGAGAAUGCCCACGUGUUCGGGUACUUCAUGGAUCAGUCUAUUUUACGGCUGUUGUGUAUCUGUCACUUUGAGUUUUGAUGUUGUUUUCAUUUCAUCCCGAGGCGAAGGAUAAUCCUGUUUUCCUAUUGUUACUAAGAUCACUUCUAAUCCACACUCAUUGGACAUGUCUCAUCUUUAUCUAUUAAUGAUUCACUAUGAGUCCCCUUUAUAAAUUCACUUCACUAACUGCGAAAACUAAAAGUAUUUCCCCUGUGUAUUGCAAUAGGAAUUCAAAACAUUUCUGUUCAUUUAUUUCUCGUCAUCUAACGUCAUGCAACUCAUCCCUUCAUUCCAGUUCUGCACGCUGUCGUAGGUGCUGUACUUCCCCCCCCGCGCUGUGUGUUUUGCCUGAUGGAGAGCUACUGUAUCUGUGUGCAGACGGCCUCCGCUUCUCUGUAUUGGCUUUUUGUGGAUGCUGCUAGCGAAAGCUUUUAGGUAGCGUGACUCGGAGAUGCACAGAGUUGUACAGUGUCCUUGAACUCGCAGCCCGGCCGGAAGAAGAGUGUCUCAGUCAGGUGUGUUGUGAGUCUGCGAUGAAAGAAGACGAACCGCAGGUGUCGCCGUUGCACGCGAAGCAGGUGGUUGUUGAGGAAGUGAGUCCUGAAGGAGAAGAAGUUGCCUCGAGCGAACCUCCUCCUCCGUCUGUGAAAGAUAAAGACGUGCCCUCGAUAGAAGUGGGAAGAAAAGAUGAAGUAGAAGAGUCCAAAGAGGUGAAAGAGUCAGAAGAGUCGUCGCCAAGCAAAGACAAACCACAGACAGCUGACUCGAUAAAUAAGGACCAAGAUGGAGGUGACAUCAUAUUGCAAGAGACACAAGUGACUGAUGUUCAAAACGUCCAAUCCAGUCCAGAACCGGGUGCAGAGUCCAAAAGCACAGCUGGGGUGUUGGAAGAACAGAAACCAGGAGCUGCCACUUACUUUGAGACGUCCUCAAAACUCCACGGAGACCAGUCACCGCAAACUCAGAGCUAUUACGAGCUCAGCACAGCGGCAGAGAUGGAAUUAAGAGAACCUGAAAAUGUGAUGCAAGAGGAGGAAGAGGAGGAGACAGUGAAGACGUCCAGCUGUAAAGUGUCUUUCGAGCAGAGAAGCCUCUCGUUGAACAUUAACAUCGGAUCCUCUGAGAAGAAGUCCAGCUCCUUCUCCGAGAGUUUGUGUCCAAUCAGCGGAAGUUUCGAUGAAUCCGACGUCCACCCUGCAACGCCGACCGUGGAGAGCCAUAACCACACGUGUCCUCCAGCUGUUUCCAUCACUGAAACAUCUGCUGGCGCACACGAGGAUGCUCCCGCCAAAGAAGAAGCGCCUCCAAGUCCUGACGAGCAAAUUUCCAGUUUCUGCCUCUCUGAGAUGUUGGACCUGGCGGGAGCGCUGCCUCAGCCGUCACUGGGGAGGAGAGAGGUCGACCACAUGAGGCGAAAGUCUGUGCCCACCAAUGUGUCGUCCCUCGUGGGCAGCUCUUUGGCUCGGCUCGCUUUGGGAGAUACGACCUCGAGAGCUGCGGGGAGGGAAAACCAGCUGGAGGAACUCGGCUACUGUGUAUUCAACGAGUACUCGGGGCCGUUGCCUUCUCCUGCAGACGUUCCAAGUCCUGGACACUCUCCGCACCAGAGUUUCCCUUCUGUGGAGAGCGAGGUCGAGGAAGAGCUGAGUGUUUACAAGGGAAUCCAACAACCGGAUCAAAAAGCUGUAACCGAGAAGAAGGAUUCACCAGUGAAGACGUCCCUGAUGCUGGAAAGAGCCGUGACGAGCGGAGUGAAACCCGAUCGCCUGAGAAUCCCAAUGAAUUCAUCAAAAGACAGGCUGAAUGAGUUUCGUUUGGAGAGCGGCCUGACUGGAGACCUUAAGAUCCAAGCCAUCCCUGAGGUUGAUGUAGAGAAAGACCCCUCUAGAGAGGCUUCCCCCAUCCCACCAGACAGUUCCUUCACUUUCACUCCUGUGGAUCCUCUGAGCAAAGUUCCAAAGACUCCAACCACCCCCGGAUCACCAGAAGAUGCACUGUCAGAAAGCCAAGACGCUAAAGAUGAAGCUGGGAAAGAAGUCAAAACGGAGAACGAGUUCAAAUCUGAGAGCAGAGAUGAUAAAAAGCCAGAGUUGGACAAAGACGUGACGCCAGCUGAGCAGAAAGAAUCCGAGCAAAUAAGUGAAGAAGCAAACAGAUCUUCAGUGUCCUCUUCAGGAGAGAGCACAGACAAGAAGAUUCAAGAAGAAACAGAAACGCAACAGAUCUCAAAAGCCCAAAUCCAGUCGCUGAUAACCACCACCAUCAUCGUCAUACCUCAAGCACAAGCAGAGGAAGAGGAUGAAGACGACAUAGAGAUCGCAGAAGAGCCUCAAGAGAUGAUGGAGGAAGCCGAAGAGCCCGUUCUUCCGAAGACGCAUGAAGCUGAAGACAGAAAGAAAGAGGAGGAGAUGGGAGGCGACCAGGUGGUGGAAGAAGAGUGGAGUCGUAGUGCAACACACUCGCCUCCUUGCUCCGACCAGGGUGGAGGCAGAGACGAUGGGACGGGGGAGGAAAAAGGAGCAGAAAUAAACCGAGAAGAAGGGAGGAAACAGGACGAGGAGGAAGAGAAGAGGGUGGAUGAAGGGGAGGAGAAAGACGUAGAGAUGGGUCAGGAGGUGGAGGAGAACGAUGAAACCACAUUGGAAGUGUCCAUCCUGGACACAGACAGUGGCUGGAUGGACUCACAAGAUGAGGACAAAAGUAUAAUGACUGAGCAAAUCGAAGCCCUUCCUCACACCCAGAGUUCCACGUGCACACCCGCGGCGGCGGUGGUGGUGGACAGACCCGCUAAACGGGCCCCUGGCAGAGGAAGGGGCCACGUUGGCACCGCUGAGAGCAAAGUGUCCCGCAAAGUGCUCCAUCCAAGAGAGGAGAUGAAGAAGAAAAAAGGCAUGAGGAGGGCUGAGCAGAAUAAGCUGUCAGUCCUCCAAAGUCGCUCUCCAUCUCGAAAGAGCGUAGCCAGAGCGGCGGCCAGACACCCUCGGCCCGCUCUGCUUCACGGCUCUGCUAGACGCAAGGCCUCAGGCAUGGAGAGCCACCAGCCCCUCAGUGUGGCCCACCAGUCCAGGGAGAGGACCACUGAGAGAGCGUACCGCAGCCCGGAGAAGAGGUCGUCCCUCCCCAGGCCGGCCAAGUCCCUGACACGCCACAUCCCCGCUGCGGAGCAGGAUGACAGCACCCCCUGCAGGCCAACCUCGAUCCAGUCCAGAGGGGACAGCAGGUCUGGAAGGGCCCCUUGUAUGGCAGGCACAGACUCUGCCCGUUCCCGGUCUGGCCGCAGCGGCGCCUCCACCCCCGGCUCCACCGCCGUCACACCCGGCACGCCCCCGAGCUACGCCUGCCGCACCCCGGGCUCACGCACCCCCGGCAGCCACACCCCCAAGUCCUUCAGCGUCCUCCAGGAGAAGAAGGUGGCGGUGAUCCGGACCCCGCCCAAGUCGCCGUCCUCCGCCCAGCGGCAGUUGAAGGUUCUCAACCAGCCGCUGCCGGACCUGAAGAAUGUCAAGUCCAAGAUCGGCUCCACCUCCAACCUCAAACAUCAGCCCAAAGGAGGACAGGUAACGGCACCGAGGUUUGGAAUCCAAGCAGAAUCUAAAAAAGCAACAAGUCAAAGUCUAACGGAGAGAAAUUUUAGAAUUUGA